AUGAAGGAGAAAGAAAUGGAUUAUUACAGCGUUUUAGGAGUUCCAAGAGAUGCGACAGAAGAUGAUAUAAAGAAGGCUUAUAGAAAGUUAGCCUUGAAAUGGCACCCAGAUAAACACUUAGAUGAGAAUGACAAAAAUGCUGCGGAAGAAAAAUUUAAGACUAUUUCUGAAGCUUAUGAUGUUUUAUCAGACCCUGAUAAAAGAAAAACUUACGAUUUGUAUGGUGAAGAAGGAAUUAAAGGAAAUACGUCCGGUGACGAUGUGAAUUUUUUUAAUGAAGAAAUAGAUCCAGCUGAUCUAUUCAAUAAGUUUUUUAGUUCUAACAACACGUUCUCGUUUACAUCAGUUUUCGACGACGAAUUCCCGGCAUUUUCAUCCUUCGUCCAUAACAUGGGUUCUAAGAGAGGACGAUUUUCCGGUUCCUCAGGAAGAAACGCCGAAGGUUAUAAAUCCGAAACUUACGAGGUGAGUCUUCCACUAUCCCUGGAGGAACUAUAUAACGGAUGCAAAAAGAAACUGAAAAUUACGAGAAAAAGGUUUAAUGGAACUCAAAGCUAUGAUGACGUUAAAUUGGUUACGAUCGAUGUAAAUGCGGGAUGGAAAGAAGGAACGACCAUUACAUUUUAUGGUGAAGGUGACCAAUCAUCUCCUUCCGUGCAACCAGGAGAUUUAAUUUUUAAAGUAAAAGCAAAAAAACACGAUCGAUUUGUCAGGCAAGGAAAUGAUUUGAUAUAUAAGUGUCAUGUAACUCUAGACAAAGCCUUAACAGGUUUUCAAUUUACAGUAAAAUCAUUGGAUAACAGAGAUAUAAAUAUAAGAGUAGAUGAUAUUGUUACACCUAAUACUAGAAGAAUGAUUCCAAAGGAAGGAAUGCCUUCUUCAAAAAAUCCGUCCAAGCGUGGAGAUCUAAUAGUUGAAUUUGAGAUUAUAUUUCCAGAAAGCUUGACUACUGAAAGAAAAAAAAUACUAAGAGAGGUCUUAGCCAAUACUUUUUAA